UUACACUUGCACUUUCCUUGGCAUGUCUGCUUCUUCUAAUGUCUGUACAGUGCCAUCCAACAAAGAUUUCUUAAACGGCCUCAACAACGUCCCAUUUAUUGCCACUGUCUUUACUCAAAACCCCAAUCCCUUCCACAAAUCCAUCCAAACACUAUUUCAAAGAAUUUUUAGGGUUUUAUAGCUAUGUAAUGACUAUCAUUUCCUUGCUAGAAUGGCCUUUAUUCCUUUUUCUUUCUGUUUGUAUUUUCUUUUUAUCUUUUUCUGCUAUUCUUUUGUAUGUAUAAAUCCUUGUUUAAGUGUUACUGAUUUUCACGAUGACGAGUUUUCCAUCAUCGGCUCUGAUAUCGUUUCGUUCCAUGGAGAUUAUACUCCUCCGUCGCCACCUCCGCCGGCACCCCCACCUCACCCUCCCUCCGUGUCGUGCCAUGAGGAUCUCGGCGGAAUUGGCUCUCUCGACAAAGUUUGUAAGCUCGAUUCUAGCUUGAAUUUUACUGAUGAUGUGUAUAUAGAAGGAAACGGAACCUUGGAUAUACUUCCUGGUGUUGUUUUGAGUUGUCCUAUUAAAGGCUGUUCGAUUCUGAUAAAUAUGAGUAAGAGUUUUAUUUUAGGCGAGAAGGCUAUGAUAACAGCGGGUACUGUAGCGGUGACUGCUUAUAAUGUGAGUUUAAGUGAAGGUUCAGUAGUAAAUGUGACUGGCUUGGCGGGUAAGCCGCCGGCGCAGACCAGUGGGUCUCCUUCGGGGGUGCAGGGGGCUGGCGGUGGCCACGGUGGAAGAGGAGCGAGUUGUGUGUCGGAUAAUACGAAAUUACCGGAUGAUGUUUGGGGAGGUGAUGCAUAUUCAUGGUCGGAAUUGCAUGAACCGUGGAGCUAUGGGAGCAAAGGAGGGACCACGAGCAAGGAUGAUAAUUACGGAGGGGAAGGGGGCGGGAGGAUUGGGUUUGACGUCACCAGCACAAUCGAGGUUGGGGGUGCUUUGUUGGCUGAUGGGGGCGAUGGUGGCAUCAAAGGUGGUGGGGGGUCCGGCGGCAGCAUCAAUAUCAAGGCUCAGAGAAUGACUGGAACGGGUAAGCUAAGUGCUUCUGGGGGUAAUGGAUUUGCUGGUGGUGGUGGUGGGAGAGUUGCUAUUAAUGUUUUCAGCAGACAUGAUGACACAAACUUCUUUGUUCAUGGGGGAAGGAGUUUUGGUUGUCCUGGAAAUGCAGGUGCUGCAGGGACAUAUUAUGAUGCUGUUCCUAGGAGUCUUAUUGUUAGCAAUAACAACUUGUCCACCAGUACUGACACACUUCUAUUGGAGUUUCCCAAACAGCCCCUUUGGACGAAUGUUUAUAUUCAGAAUCAUGCCAAAGCUUCUGUUCCAUUGUUUUGGAGUAGGGUUCAGGUUCAAGGACAAAUUAGUUUAUCAUGCAGUGCAGUUUUGAGCUUUGGCCUUGCGCAUUAUGCUUCAUCUGAGUUUGAGUUGAUGGCAGAAGAGCUUCUAAUGAGCGACUCUGUUGUUAAGAUAUAUGGCGCUCUUCGUAUGUCUGUCAAAAUACACCUGAUGUGGAAUUCCAAAAUGCUUAUAGAUGGAGGUGGUGAUGCAAUUGUCGCGACAUCUUUACUUGAGGCCAGCAAUUUAAUUGUUCUCAAGGAAUCCUCUGUGAUACAUUCUAAUGCAAAUUUGGGAGUUCAUGGCCAAGGCUUUUUAAAUUUGUCUGGACCAGGCAAUAUGAUUGAAUCGCAACGCCUGAUUUUAUCAUUAUUUUUCAGUAUCAGAGUUGGACCUGGUUCUGUUCUCCGAGGUCCCUUGGAGAAUGCCAGUGAUGAUGAUAUGAAACCACGGCUCUACUGUGAUCUUCAAGAAUGCCCCAUGGAGCUAAUUCAUCCACCUGAAGAUUGUAAUGUGAACUCUUCACUGCCCUUCACCCUUCAGAUAUGUCGAGUUGAAGAUAUUAUUGUUGAAGGCAUGAUAACAGGAUCUGUUGUUCAUUUUCACUGGGUCAGAAAUGUAGUUGUCCGAUCUUCUGGAGCAAUCAGUGCAUCUGGUCUAGGGUGCACAGGUGGGUUGGGCAGAGGAAAAGUUUCUGACAAUGGUCUUGCUGGUGGAGCUGGACAUGGUGGCAGAGGUGGGGAUGGAUAUUACAAUGGAACUAUUGUUGAGGGUGGUGAUCCAUAUGGAGAUGCCGGAUUGCCUUGUGAACUUGGUAGUGGUAGUGGAAAUGGUACUCUAUCUGGUUCAACUGCAGGUGGUGGUAUAAUAGUAAUGGGUUCUGUGGAGCAUGCACUGUCAAGUUUAUCUGUUUAUGGUUCACUUAGAGCUGAUGGGGAAAGCUUUGGAGAAGAAGUCAAGAAAAAGGAUGAUAAGAUGAUUUCAAAUGCAGGUCCUGGGGGUGGUUCUGGUGGAACCAUUCUUCUAUUUAUUCAUACCAUGGCACUUAGUAAUUCUUCUACCAUAUCAACUGUUGGUGGGCAUGGGAGUCCUGAUGGGGGUGGUGGCGGAGGUGGUGGAAGGGUUCACUUUCAUUGGUCGGAUAUUCCAGUUGGAGAUGAGUAUAUGCCAAUUGCAACUGCAAAUGGAAGCAUUCAGACUUGGGGAGGAUUUGGCAGAGGUAGGGGUCGUGCUGGUGGAAAUGGGACUGUUACUGGAAAGACCUGCCCAAAAGGGCUUUAUGGUAUCUUUUGUGAGGAAUGCCCUGUGGGGACUUUUAAGAAUGCCCUUGGAUCUGAUAGAGCGCUUUGUUCUGAUUGCCCGUUGCAUGAGCUUCCAAGUCGUGGCAUUUAUAUUGCUGUUCGAGGUGGUGUCACUGAAAGACCUUGUCCAUACAAGUGUAUUUCUGACAGAUACCACAUGCCAAACUGUUAUACAGCUCUUGAAGAGUUGGUAUACACUUUUGGUGGUCCAUGGUUGUUCAGUUUUAUCCUCUUGGGUCUUCUUAUCCUGUUAGCUCUAGUUCUUAGUGUUGCACGGAUGAAAUAUGCUGCCUGGGAUGAAUUGCCUGCGCUUGUGCCUCCUCAACAUAGCUCUCGAAUAGAUCAUUCCUUUCCAUUCCUUGAGUCACUAAAUGAGGUAUUGGAAACAAAUAGAAUUGAGGAAUCCCAAGGUCAUGUGCAUAGGAUGUAUUUUAUGGGUCCAAAUACUUUUGGCGAGCCUUGGCAUCUGCCUCGCUGUCCUCCUGAACAAGUGACUGAUAUUGUGUAUGAGGAUGCAUUCAAUAGAUUUGUGGAUGAGGUCAAUGGUUUAGCUGCUUAUCAGUGGUGGGAGGGAUCGAUAUACAGAAUUCUUUCUGUUCUUGCAUAUCCGCUUGCAUCAUCCUGGCUACAGCAGCGUCGCAAAAAGAAAUUACAACAACUUCGUGAUUUUGUUCGAUCUGAAUAUGAUCAUGCUUGCUUACGAUCUUGCCGCUCACGUGCUCUGUAUGAAGGGCUUAAGGUUGCUGCGACUUCUGAUCUAAUGCUUGCAUAUGUGGAUUUUUUCCUUGGUGGAGAUGAAAAGAGAGUUGAUCUGCCUCCUCAUCUUCAUCAAAGGUUUCCCAUUUCUUUAGUUUUUGGAGGAGAUGGAAGUUAUAUGGCUCCUCUCUCCCUUCACAGUGACAAUAUUCUCACUAGCCUCAUGAGUCAGUCUGUUCCUCCAACCAUUUGGUACCGAUUGGUGGCUGGACUAAAUGCCCAACUACGUUUGGUUCGAUUGGGACACUUAAAGAUUACUUUUGGUCAUGUUAUUAGCUGGCUUGAAACACAUGCAAAUCCAGCUCUAAGUGCAUAUGGAAUACACAUUGAUCUUGCUUGGUUUCAGCCUACAUCUUCUGGAUAUUGCCAGUUUGGCCUUGUGGUAUGUGCAACUGGAAAUGAGGAUGCUUCACAAUCAAUUGAGAGCCAAGAUGGAUCUUUUGUACCUGUGACACAAUCAUGUUUGCUUGAAGUGCAUAGAGGUAAUCAAUUGAGUGAACAGAUGAUGACACACAAAAGGAUUUUUGGAGGCCUUUUGCAUUCAAAGAAUUUACGAAAGCUAAAAUUAAGGAGGACCAUAUGCUAUCCUUUUUCUUUCAUCCUGUAUAAUACUAAACCCAUUGGUCAUCAGGAUCUUGUUGGUCUGUUCAUCUCGAUACUUUUACUUGCGGAUAUUAGCUUAGUCCUGCUAACUUUGCUACAGAUGUAUUCUAUUUCACUGCUCAAUUUCUUAUUAGUUUUGUUUGUCCUUCCUUUGGGCCUACUUUUUCCAUUUCCAGCUGGAAUCAGUGCCCUGUUUAGUCAGGGACCUAGGCGAUCAGCUGGUCUGGCACGUGUAUAUGCUCUGUGGAAUAUAACAUCCUUAAUCAAUGUAGUAGUUGCCUUCAUAUGUGGAUUUGUUCAUUAUAUGAUCCACUCAAGUAAAAAGCAUUCAAACUUUCAGUCCUGGAAUUUUAGCGUGGAUGAAAGUGAAUGGUGGAUGCUUCCUUCUGGAUUGGUUUUGUGUAAAAUAAUCCAAGCACGACUUAUUGAUUACCAUGUAGCUAACCAAGAAAUUCAAGAUCAAUCUGUCUACAGUAAUGAUCCAGAAGUAUUCUGGCAAUCAUGAAGGUGUUUGAUAAAUAGGUACAUUUCCAAAUCAAAUGCUUUUUCUUAUACCUAUAUUAUAUAGUCAAAUGUGUUUUUUUUCCCAGCUUAGGCAACCUAAAAAAAGAAAAGUAAAUUGAUUAGGUGAAAUAUAGAAGAAACUUGGAUAGAACAGUGUAAUCCUUGAUUGUAUGUGGGAAAUAGGUGCCUAUGGAUCGGAAUAGGUUUCCCCUGCUUUGGAUAGAAUAAGUGUGCUCUUUAUCGAUUUCUCCAGUUUUUUUUAUGUAGCCCGUUCAAUACCUUAUCAGUUUACUAUAUGGAAAUUUUUGCUUCCGUAUCGUGCAUUAAUGAUAUGUACGAGUAUGAGGUUUCUUAGUGAUGAAGAGUGUAAAUUUGUGAUGUUAAUACAACUUCAUUCUAUGAGAGCAGAGUUUUAUUUUAUUUUA